AGCUCCACCCACCGCUGAUGCUGCCUGCCUGGAGCCGGACAGCCAAAUGUAAUAAUUUGUGAUCAGCUCCGCUUUACAAGUAAAAACACUCAGCAGCGCGCGCCGACAUCGCGUUAUUGCUGAUAUUCAAGCCUCGCCCGUGUCUUUCUGUAGCGUCGUGUCGUGUAAUUUGAGUCCUCGCUCGCUCGUUUCCUCUGGAAGUGGUACAGCACGGAGCUAGAGGACAAGACGAAAGGUUACAGUAGCGAACCGAGCUGUCCUAGUCGAAGCAGUCGACUCAUUUUGGCGAGAAUCAUCAGCUCACCAUGACAGAAUCUACCGUUGACGCGAAGUUGGAGGUGAAACAGGCGAGUAAAGAAUUCAAGGAGAGCGAGAAUGUGGCUGAGAAGUACUCGGCGAUGACCGUGUCCAAGAACAGCGACGUGAACAUGAACGUGGGCGAACUGUCCGCCGCAUUCACUGCGGUUCCCGCUCACAAGUCCGUCAAGAAGCAGAUUCAGUUUGCCAACCAGGAGGACAAGCAGGAGUUCAGCAAGUUCCCCACUAAGACUGGACGCCGCUCCCUGUCCCGCUCCAUCUCACAGUCGUCCACCGACAGCUACAGCUCUGCUGCCUCAUACACGGACAGCUCGGACGACGAGACGUCUCCUCGAGAGAAGACUCAGGUCAAUUCCAAAGGCAGCAGCGACUUCUGUGUCAAGAACAUAAAGCAGGCGGAGUUCGGCCGGCGGGAGAUCGAGAUUGCAGAACAGGACAUGUCUGCUCUGAUCUCACUGAGGAAGCGAGCUCAAGGCGAGAAGCCCCUCGCUGGAGCCAAAGUGGUCGGCUGCACUCACAUCACUGCACAAACCGCAGUCCUGAUUGAGACGCUGGUGGCCCUGGGUGCUCAGUGUCGCUGGACAGCAUGUAACAUCUACUCCACUCAGAAUGAAGUGGCUGCUGCUCUGGCAGAGAUUGGUGUGGCGGUUUUUGCGUGGAAAGGAGAGUCUGAGGACGAUUUCUGGUGGUGCAUCGACCGUUGUGUCAACACCGAAGGCUGGCAGGCAAACAUGAUCUUGGAUGAUGGUGGUGAUCUGACUCACUGGGUGUAUAAAAAGUACCCCAGUGUGUUUAAGAAGGUUCAAGGAAUAGUGGAAGAGAGCGUCACAGGAGUUCAUAGGCUCUACCAGCUGUCUAAGGCCGGAAAGCUCUGCGUCCCUGCUAUGAACGUUAAUGACUCUGUCACCAAGCAGAAGUUCGAUAACCUCUACUGCUGCAGGGAGUCCAUCCUGGAUGGACUUAAAAGAACCACUGAUGUCAUGUUUGGUGGGAAGCAGGUGGUGGUUUGUGGAUAUGGAGAGGUGGGCAAAGGCUGCUGCUCUGCUCUGAAAGCUCUGGGAGCCAUUGUUUGUGUGACAGAGAUCGACCCUAUCUGUGCCCUCCAGGCCUGCAUGGAUGGUUUCAAAGUGGUGAAGCUGAAUGAAGUGGUCCGCCAAAUGGACAUGGUGAUAACCUGCACAGGGAACAAAAAUGUGGUUACCCGAGAGCAGUUGGAUCGUAUGAAGAACGGCUGCAUUGUGUGUAAUAUGGGCCACUCUAACACAGAGAUUGAUGUGGCAAGUCUGCGGACCCCAGAGCUGACCUGGGAGAGGGUUCGCUCUCAAGUGGACCACAUUAUCUGGCCUGAUGGGAAAAGAGUCAUUUUGCUGGCAGAGGGGCGUCUUCUGAACCUGAGCUGCUCCACAGUGCCCUCAUUUGUGCUGUCCAUUACAGCCACGACACAGGCCCUUGCCCUAAUAGAGCUGUACAACGCACCAGAGGGGCGCUACAGACAGGAUGUGUAUCUGCUGCCCAAAAAGAUGGAUGAAUAUGUGGCAAGUUUGCAUCUGCCCAACUUUGACGCUCACCUCACAGAACUGUCAGAUGAGCAGGCCAAGUACAUGGGCCUUAAUAAGAAUGGACCAUUCAAACCAAACUACUACAGAUAUUAAUUUGUAUGACUCACAACGACCUUCAUCAGGGAUGGAGACACCUGCAUUAACCAAGCAAACCAAGAGAUUUAUUUUCUAUUUACUGUAAAUUUCUAAAAGGAAAACUUCAUUUUAAGUGAAUUCUUAUUUAUAGUGUUAUUAACAUAUAGUGACCAAAUACAUGUUUGUCACUUAGAUCUGAUUAUACUCUGCUAGCACUUCAUUGGAUUAUAAUAUACUGUAUGUACUUGUUAUCUUUUAAUCACAUUAUAAGAGGACCAUUGACUAUAGGUCUGAAAUCGUGCCAUAUAUUGGUAGUGAAAGGUCUGAGGGGUAAAUUCUGUACUAUAUCUUUGUGGUCAUACAUUUCAGUGCUUGUUUUAUUUGGUGUUACAUGACUGGUCUUUAUGUUUCUGGAAACCGAAAAAAAAAGCCCACACACUGAAUUAUGCUCCAAUAGCGGUUUAGCUAAUGGAACUCUUUGACCAAAUCCUUGUUGUAGGAGCAUGUUUCAGUGGACAGUGAGGGUUUUUUUGGUUUGUUUUCAUCUGUUUAAUUUAGUCUUUGGAUAUGCGCACAAAAACUACUCUUUAUAUAUAUAUCAGAAUGAUUUGCACUUUCUUCCUGAGUAAGAAAUGAUCAGAAGUACACAUGUGAGCUCUACAGAAGAAGUGAAUGUAGGCUUAUUUUGUCUUUGCUACUGAAACUGCAGUGUGUUUAUUUCUCCCAAGCGCUAGAGUGUUCUGGCAAAGAGAUACUGUAAACCCACAGUACACUGGGAGUAUCGGCACAGUAGGUAGCCAGCAUGAUAUUUAUACAAAUAGUGACACCAACAGGUGGUCUCUAUGCUCUGCUCAUUUGUCCUUUUUACAUCAUGUCAGUGGCCUUUGACAGAAUUUUUCAUUUAAUUAAUUUUAAUCAAAAAUAAACUUCAGUAGUUUGGUAUGAGCUUUACGCAAUGAGUAAUCACAAUCAAUUAGGCUACAAUAAUCAACUGAGUAAUUAAAGUUUUCACCUUUUUUUAAUAAAAUUUUAAUUAAUAGGUGGUUCCCAGGCCUGGUUGAACACCGAUUUGUGUUAAUAUAUUAAAACCACUAAAAAAUGAGUCUUAAAGAUAAAUCACUGUGAAUGCAGACAUUGAAGUAGGCCUACUUGUUUAUCUUAACAUUAACUGUACUUAAUCCUCUUUGUUAAUAUGCCUCUCUUUAUCAAAUGACAUAUAUUCCCUGCCUUGUUAUCUCAUUAAAUGUUUGUUCUGUUCAAAGUUGGA